CACGAUCUUUGUGCGUGACGUCGCAGCUGGCCGAGCGGGAGGAGACGAGUGGCGCCGGGAGAUUCGAGCCCAGGAGAACCUGAGCAACCUGCACACUACCGAGCUAAGAUAAGUGUAAUUAACGAAAAAACCCGUUCACUUUGAAACUCUUCAGCCCUCGGAUUUCCACAUCGUCAUGUUGGUGUUCCGCACGCCCUGUAGGAGAGGAGUCGGCAGCAGAUAAACCAUCACUUCCAGACCACAGCGAAGAAGAGUACGCUGGCCACAACAGACUGGGAGAACAUCUCCAACAUCUUGCUGCACACAUUGAAGGAUCUCAGCUUCCUCAGGAAGUAGAGUCUGCUCAUCCCCUUCUUGUACACAGCUUCGGUGUUGGAUUUCCAGUCCAGUCUGUUGUUGAUGUUGACACCCAGUCUCAGGUGAUUGCGUCGAGCCCACUCCACAAAGAUGGAGCUGAUGGAGGUGGAAAGCCUGCUGGACGUCCUGCAGGGAGCAGUAAGAGAGCCAGAGGCCAGCGCUGCUGCGGGCCGGCAGGACAACACCCCCACUCCCCACGUCAUUCUGGACUCGGGCAGCAGCACCGAGGUGGAGGAGGAUGAUGACGAUGAAGAGAGAGCGGGGCAGAGAGAGGCAGUGGGACGAGACCCCCCUCGACUCCCCACCACCUGGGCCUUCAGUCAGAGAGCGGUGGGCGGUGGAGCGGCCACCAGCUCCACAUCUCAGGGGGCGAUCAGACGCAGAGUCAGGCAGGGCCUCAGGGUGCACUACCCCAGUCAGAACGCAGCGCCCUCCAGAGGCUUUCUGGACUUCCUGCUGCGGGUGCCGGCUGCCGGCGCUGCCCAGCCCGAGUCCGGCAGCACCACCGAGGUCAGCGAGUCUGAAGACGACGAGGUCGGUGGCGAAGACAGCACCGCUGCAGCAGAGCCUGCCCAGCCCACUGCACCCCCUGCAGCUGCUGACCCUGCCCCCCCAGUCCAGAACGACCCGCCGCAGGAAGCUGCUCCAGCCAACUCCAGCUCAGCUGCAGACGCUGGCAGGACGGAAGCUGCAGAUCACAGCGUCCAGUCGGUCCCGGUGGCCCCGGCCUCCCAGGAUGCAUCGCGGGCUGAGGAGUGCGAAGGUGACACUUGCAGCAUUUGCUUCGAGCCGUGGACGACGGCGGGCGAACACCGCCUGGCCGCGCUGCGCUGCGGGCAUCUGUUCGGCCACAUGUGCAUCAACCGCUGGCUCAGGGGCCAGGGCCAGGCCGCCAAGUGCCCACAGUGCAACAAGAAGGCGAAGCGUUCGGACAUCGUGUUGCUGUACGCGCCGAAGCUCCGAGCGCUGGACAACUCCGAGUUCGAGAGCAUGAAGAAGUCUCUGGAGCAGGAGCAGUCUCUCAGGAGAAAGGCUGAACUGGAUUCAGCUCAGUCCAGGUUACAGCUGCAGGUCAUGACCAACAAGUGUGGCCAGCUGCAGCAGCAGCUACAGGAGCUGAUGGCUCAGACGGGCCGCAGCGCAGCUCCCUCCUCCUCCUCGGCCUCCCUGGCGUUCUCGCAGCUCUCUGACGUUUCCCAGCGGCCGGACGGCGGCAGGACGGGGCAGUACAGCUUCUCCAAGGCGGUGCUGGUGUCUCAGAGCGGCGGCUGCAGGGUUCUGUCGUACUGCGAGCCGCUCAGCUGCCUGCUGGCCUCGCAGCCCUCCCCACACGCCACCCUGGUUCCUGGCUGCGGUGUGAAGAAGCUGAGCGUGGUGAACGUGAAGGCCUGUCAGUACAUUCCCAUCCACGGCAAACAGAUCCGAGGUCUGGCCUUCAACAGGCAGAACGACAGCCUGCUGCUGUCUGCCUCCCUGGACAACACUGUCAAACUGACCAGUCUGCUGACCAACACGGUGGUUCAGACCUACAACACAGGGCGUCCUGUGUGGAGCUGCUGCUGGUGUCUGGACAACAGCAACUACGUCUACGCCGGCCUGUACAACGGCUCCGUGCUCGUCUACGACACCAGAGACACCAGCACGCACGUGCAGGAGCUGCAGCCUCUACGCUCCCGGUGUCCCGUGGCGUCGCUGUGCUACGUUCCCCGCGCGGCAAACAGCUCGUUCCCCUGCGGCGGGCUGAUCGCCGGCUCUCUGGAGGGCGGCUGCUUCUGGGAGCAGGUGGACGGGACGAACUACAGGCCGCACGUCCUGCCGCUGGAAACCGCCGGCUGCACCGACAUCCAGGUGGAGACGGAGAGCCGCCACUGCCUGGUCACGUACCGGCCCGGGCGCUCCCACCCGUCCCUGCGCUGCGUGCUGAUGGCGCUGAGCCGCUCUCCUCAGCAGGACUCGGGCCAGCAGCCCAGCUGCUCCUGCUCGCCGGUGCAGACCUUCAGCGCCGGCUCCUCCUCCAAACUGCUCACCAAGAACGCCGUGUUCAGGAGCCCGGCCGGGACGGGCACGCUGGUCUGCGCCGGGGACGAGGCCUCCAACUCAACCAUGGUGUGGGACGCAGGCAGCGGCAGUCUGCUCCAGAAGCUUCCGGCCGACCUCCCGGUGCUGGACAUCAGCCCCUUCCAGGUGAACGGAGAUCACUUCCUGGCCUCGCUCACAGAGAAGAUGCUGAAGCUCUACAAGUGGGAGUGAGCGAGGAAGACUCUCUCCACGCCGCCGUCCCAUCAGCCGAGUGCCUUUUCCUCUGAGCCGCUGUUUACACCCACAACCUGUCAGAGCUGUUGUCAUGGUUACUCCUGCACAGCCGGGAGCGUGAGGAUGGAGCGAUUGUGUUUGGAUUGUGGGAAAGGGCCAUCAACUGCUGCUAAACUUCCUGUAUGAGCACAUUUACCUGCACACUUCUGCUGCUGCUCAAGGAAAUCUUUCCAUUGCAUCAUUUACAUGGUGUGAAGUAACACGAUUUCUCUAAAAAAAAAAAAAAAAAAACCUUCUAGGGAUGGAAGAUGGAAAGAUGUUUUUCCCAGGCCAAUAGCGCCAUCUGAUAUCUACCAAAACACUAGAUACCAAUGUGCAUUUUUAUAAGAAUGGUAACACAAAUGCAGGUUCAUAACAGCAGAAUCUUCUCAGAACGGCCUGUCUUAAGAGAAGUGUUUUAAAACAAAGACCAUGUUAGUUAAUUUUCACAGUCGUAUUAAUGACACACUCCUUGGGGGGGAAAAAAAAGGUCACAAAAUGCCAAAAUCAAUCAAUGAGCCAAAUAUUGAAAGUAAAAAUAACAUAGGACCAAUACCAACACUGCUUUUUCAUGCCAAUAUCGUGUGAUACCGAUGGUAGCUACUGCUUCAUUUAAUCCAUGUCGGUCUGCUGCACCGUGCCGUUCAUGCAGGUUCAUCUGCGUCUGGUGACCUUUGACCUGCACGUUCUCAAAAAUACAAGAAGUCUGCCCGAGGCGCUAACAUGCCCCAGCAAAGCAAACAGGAAUAGAAUAAAGGGCUAAAUGGAAAGUGAGAGCUGGACUGGGUUCUGUUACUGUGAUUCUCCGCCUGCUGACAUUAAUGGAAUCAGAUGAGGAGGAGUUUACAUGACGUUAUUAGUGUGUGUGUGGUGUGCAUGUUGAACGUGCUCGGAGUCUGUCUGCUGUCUAGGUAACCGGCUCUGGUCUAAACAUCCAGCUGCUGGAAGAGGCUGAAUUUAGGAAUCAGGAGAACACAAAGUGAGUUUUCUGUCUGAGCUGGUGUGUCUGUGUGUGUGUGUCUGUGUGUGUGUGUGUGUGUUUCCAGCGUUGACUGUUUGACUGGUGUGUGUGUGUUUAAAGAACAGACGAUGAAUUGAGUCUCAUCUGGUCAGAUCAGCGGUCGUCAGGCUGUCACCUGAGUUUGAAGUGUGAGGGCCUUGAUCAGACAACAGCAGCAGUUUGGGGUUGCAGUCCAGGUGGGAAACUCACCGAUCACAGACAAAAAUCACCAAUUGCAGUAAAACAAGCAAAAAAAAAAAAAAAAAAGAAGCGGUAGUCAGUGAUUUCCACCCCCUCUCCCCAAUCACACACACAC